UGGAAGCUAGGGAUGUACAUGUGUCGACGCAUUAGGUAAGCCCGUCGCGGCGCCACCUCUAUGUGUACUCAUAGUCGCGGACAAGCGAGGGUCCAACUUGUCCCGUGUCAAAUCCGGUGCAUAAGGAGUUCAUCCUACGUCCCCUUGCUCGCUUCGUUUCGUAUCACGGGCGCCCAUCCGCCGUCGCAAUGUGUUGAGCAUACAUAAGCCGUACCUGUACACGCGCACGCUGUAAUUAACGUCUGCCGGGAACACCAGUAGGCGGUUGUGAUCUGCAGCCAGAGACUCACCUCAUCAGAAAUGACUUGGUCGUCAUGUUGCUACUACCCGUCGUAAGCCUGCUGGGCUUUGGGGCGUAUUCCGCCCACGCUGCCGCUGUCGUGCCCGGGAAAUCCUUUGAUAGGUUCAUCAGCAUCUGGCUAGAGAACCAGGAUUUCACAAAGGUCGUUGCCGAUCCCGACUUCGCCGACUUGAAGCGACUGGGUAUCCUCCAAACCCGUUACUACGCCCAUACCCAUCCCAGCCAGCCGAAUUACCUGGCCGCCGUGGGGGGAGACUACUUCGGCCUAGAUCAUGACGAUGUCAUCCGCAUCCCGUCCAACGUUUCUACCAUCGUCGAUCUCCUAGACACAAAGGGUAUAUCAUGGAAGGGGUAUUUCGAAGGGAUGCCCGGCCCCGGAUACAUGGCCGAGGCGAGCAUCGACACGCACGGGACCUGGGAUUAUGUUAGGAAGCACAAUCCGUUCGUUUCGUACGACUCGGUCAACACGAACGGUAGCCGGCUGCUGAACCUGUUAUCCUUCAGAGACUUCCAGCGAGAUCUGGCAGCCGGCACCGUGCCGCAGUUUGUCAUGAUGUCGCCCGAUAUGCUGAAUGACGGCCACAACACUACGCUAGACUACGCGACCAAGUGGGCCCGCGGGUUCCUGCUCCCCUUGCUGGAGGAGGGCGUUUUCCAGGAGAGAACGCUGAUCCAGCUCACGUACGACGAGACCGAGGAUUACUCCGAGCCGAAUCGUAUCGUAUCGCUCUUGCUCGGCAACGCCGUGCCCGAAAACCUGAAGGGUUCCGAGGACGACACGUUUUAUACGCACUUCUCGAUCCUGUCGACGGUCGAGAACAACUGGGAGUUGGCCAAUUUGGGCCGAUUCGACGUCGGCGCCAACGUGUUCAAGCUAGUCGCGGAGUCGACCGGCUACGUCAACAAAGACCCGCCGAACGUUGGGACCGUGAACAACUCGGUGUCGUAUCCCGGGGUGUAUAACGUGGACCACAUCAUCAAGAAGAAGACCAUCCCGCCGCCGAACCUGAAGCUCAUCGGAGCCGGCGGGCUCCCGGUGCUCCAGUCGAUCCGCGAGACAUGGAAGGACACGGCGAAGGACAAGUCGCCGUAUGAUGGGAGCGGCAGCGUGUACGACGGCACGCAUCUCCCUAUAUAUAAAACGCAAAAGAAGAAUGGCGAGUAGGAGAGAGGCGCCGUCGGUUCGGGCCCACCUCGACAAGCGCGCUCGGGUGCUGGCCGCACGAUAGACGCGUCGAAUUUCGUCUACGCAUAGAGGAAACCUAGCCCCUGUCCCAUCGUAAUUUGCACAUCACAUUCUGCCAUUUGAGCUGGCAAUCUUGGUCAUCGGGACAGUAAAAUGGGGGACUAGAGUAGGAAUAGGCGCAAUGAAUGGUUUGGGGAGUAUUUCUAGAGAGCGCUGCCAGGUUUUCUAUGUAGGAAGAGGGAAAAAACAGAAACAAACAAAGCAAUUUCGUCCGCCU